AUGUCCUUCUACGUCGCCCCCAGCCAGCAGCGCACUCUCCGCGCCUGCAUGGUGUGCUCGCUCGUCCAACUGCACAGCAAAUUCAUGCGCGAAGGCUGCCCCAACUGCGACAACGUCCUCGGCCUCCGCGGCAACAACGACGCGAUCCAAGAAUGCACGUCGCAGGUCUUCGAGGGCCUAGUGACGCUCCGCGAUCCCACGACCAGCUGGGUGGCUAGGUGGCAGAGAUUGGAUAGUUAUGUUCCCGGGACGUAUGCGGUUAAGGUUACGGGGUCGCUUCCCGACGAGAUUAUUUCCAGUUUGGAGGAUUCGGGCGUGAAGUAUAUUCCGAGGGACGGUAGCACGGGUGAAGAGGAGGCGUGA